AUGACUCUUGCAAAUCACACAGAGACGCUCAACAACGGCGUACAAAUCCCACUGCUACAACUUGGCACAUGGGAACUGGGCGACAGAACAGAAUUUGCUGUUUACGAGGCACUCAAGAGUGGAUACAGAGGCAUCGAUUGUGCUUCGAUUUACUUGAAUGAGGCUGCCUGCGGAGUUGCUAUCAGGCGGUUCAUGGAUGAUACGCAAACACCGCGCUCUGAUAUCUUCGUAUUAUCGAAGCUCUACAACAACUCUCACAGAAAGGAAGACGUGGAGAAAGCACUUGAUGUAUCUUUGUCCGAAUUAGGCCUAGAAUAUCUUGAUGCAUACAUCAUCCACUGGCCAGCUGCUUUCAAGCCCUCAGCUGACAAUCGGGCAAACAUCCCUCAAGAUGACCAUGGCGUUAUUAUCAACGACCGCGUCCCUUACCGCGAGACAUGGGAGGCUAUGGAACAUCUUCUGUCGACUGGGAAGGUGCGCUCAAUCGGAGUCUCGAACCUCACAGUAGAUCAGUUAAGCGAUAUGCUCUCAUACGCGCGUGUUAAACCAUCGAUUCUGCAGGUCGAAAUACACCCACGUUUGCCGCAGCAUAGACUUGUAGAGUUUGCAAAAUCCCAAGGUAUUGUGGUAGAGGGUUAUUCUCCAUUUGGAAACGCCAAUGCGCUAUACGAUCAGCAAAAUCAGCUUCUCCAAGACGCAACAAUAGGUUUAAUCGCAAAAAAGCACAGCGUUUCUGCUCCUACCGUUAUUACAAACUGGGUGAUAGGUAGAAGGAUAGUCACAUUGCCUCGUUCUUCCAAUCCUGAACACAUACAAGCUAAUGCACAGCAAAUAAACCUUGAUGAUGAGGAUAACGGAAAUUUGAAUGCACAAGCACUCACAUUCUCCAGGCGCUACUGCGACCUUUCAGAACUGUGCGGUGUGGUCUUCUUCGCAGACGAGAAGUCACCUGAACAAAUCAAGCAUCAGAGCAAAGAGAGCGUCAGAGCGCGUGCGCAGAGUCACAAUCCAUGA